GCUUAAAGGAAAAUUGCCGUUCGUCGCCCAAAAAUAUCUUGUGUCCCUCCUUUCUACUUUCUCGGUUCGUACCAGAGAGACGACGAGAGAGAGGGUGAGCUAGGGCCAGCUAGGGUUCGGCUAGACCCCAACAAAGAGGAAGGAGGCGAUGCCGGCUAAAUACCUGCAGGCGUGGGAGAGGACAGGCGACCGGAGCUGCACCGGCUCGACUGCGCGUGCCUCAUCCUCACCGGCAACGUGCCCUUUCUCUUCCCCAUCAGCCGCACCCUCGCCAUCUCCUAGGUCUGCAAGUCCCUCUCCGUCCUGCUCGUGUGCAGGGGUCCGUUUCCACUUACAUCAAUUUCCUAUCAGGGAACCAACUGAACUCCGAUUAACCAAACAAGUUCUUGUUCGUCCCAUUAUUUGUGAUUUGCAGAUAUAGCUAGGCAAACUCAAGCUCCAAGCAAAUUACUCCCGGGCUGCCCCGUGUGCGUAAUUCUUCUUGCUUAACCUGUCAUUGCUAUUGUACAACUGAGUGUACAUUACUGAAGCUAAUCGACACUGCACUAUAAAUGUAAAAAAUACAGUUAAUAUGAUUGUGCGUCCGGUGCUGGAACAUAAAGUGUAGUCUGGGUAGUUGCUGGAGUAUAAAUUGGUUGAUAUAAAGUGUAGUCUAGAUAGUUGCUAGAUAUGAAGUGUACUCCACAACAAACUCUGCUUCUGCAAAAAAGAAAAACAACUCUGGCUCUGUCUUGGAGAAUAAAAAAAUGGAGGAAGAUUGUGAUGUUUUGCGUAGCCUAGAUGUGACGGUUGGCAUUUCAUAAUUUAACCCAACUCGGGUUCGAAUCUUCUCACCUCCUAUAAGAAUAAGACAGGGGGAGUAUCCCCUCUCUCUCAAAAAAAAAAGUAUUGACAGAUUUUUUUUUUGAGAAACAAAGUGACUGUUUUCUUUCGAGAAUCUGCUUUUUACAAGAGUUUUCUUUCGAGAAUCAAGUACUGACUGAUAGCGAAAUGCCCUUUUCCUUUCUCGAAAUGUGCUAACAAGGCCCAGUGAAAAGCCCAGAUAAAUGUUGUCCUACUUCCUGUAUUCAUCUCGCUGCCGGCGCCGCGUACCCAGACCAAACCCUCGCAGGCUUGCCGCAACCCACUAACCGGCGCGGACGGGAGCACCCGGCGCCGGCGCUCCACGCAUCUGAUUAGCGGCUCGUUGCCUCCCCGGAGAUGGCGACGGGAUCCAUGGAGACGGCCAUCAUGAGCGAUCCAACGAUCAAGCUCCCCGACGACCUCCUGGUCGAGAUCAUCUCGCGCGUGCCGUUCAAGUCCACCCGCUGCUGCAAGUGCGUCUCCACGCGCUGGCGGGACCUCAUCUCCCACCCCGACCACCGCGACAAGCUUCCCCGGUCGACCCUCGCCGGCUUCUUCUGCAAAAACCGCGGCAUGGACUGCGAUCCACGUUUUCAUGAUGUUUACCACAGCGUCUCGGGGGAUUGGUGCCCUUUUGACGAUUCCCUCUCGUUCCUACCUGAAUACGAGGAGCUUGAUAUCUUGGACUGCUGCAACGGCCUCCUCCUCUGUCUAUGUUCGCAGCCUUAUGCCGAGAAACCGGAUUAUGUGGUGUGCAAUCCUGCCACUGAGAAAUGGGUAACCUUCCCUGCCAACCGGAUUGUGUCGUUUGCUCGCCUGGGAUUCGACCCUGCCGUCUCCUCCCAUUUCCAUGUGUUUGAGUUGGUACCUAUCAAUUCAAAGGUGGACAUGAUUAUAGGAUCGAAGAGGUGGGGAUCUACUCUUCCAAAGCUGGAGGUUGGACACAUCAAAUUGCUUGGGACGAUCCAAUUGAGAUACUCUACUUUUCAGGUGGCACAUUUCUCAGCGGGGUGUUGUAUUUACCUUCUGAUAAUAAUUCAGUUGCAGCCGUCGAUGUGGAGGGAAAUUGUAGGAUCAUUCCUCUUCCUACUUCUCAUGAUGCUCCUAUUGUUCCUAAUGUCUAUGUAUCACGGGGACAAUUGUAUCUCACAAAUAGGGGUGCUUCUGAACUAUCAAUCUGGGUUCUUGAAGACUCUAGUAGUGAAGAUUGUUGGACCUUGAAGCUCAAUGUUAGCUACUUGCAACUGUUUGGAGAAGGGUAUUCAAGCCGCAUGCCAUAUUAUGGUGUUAUCUCAGCGCACCCAGAACACAAUAUGGCAUUCGUAACCAUAGGACUGAGGUCGGGGUUCCAAGAGCUUGUGAAGUUAUUUUCAUACGACGUGGAUUCUAGGGAGCUGUGUUUCGUAUCUGAUCUUGGCUGGUAUGUCGGGCGGGCUUAUCUUUCAUAUGUUCCUUUGUUCUCGGAGUCAUUAGCAGAUGGGCACUAAAUGUCCUGUGUAUUGGAGCCUCACAAUUGUCUAUCUUUCUGAUGAUACUAGUGUUACAUCGUGAGUACGAGAAGAACAACGGUGAUUUGGGUAGACCUUUGUAAGUGUGGACUCAUGUACCAGACUUUAUGAGGCUAGCUAUUCAGUAAACUUAAUUAAUACUCUGUUUGGUCAUAUAUG